CGGCCCUUGAAAAUGCCAAGCAACUAGUAAGGAACUUAGAAACAAAGCUUGAUUCAGCUAAUGCUCAGCACCUUAAGGAGAAAGAAGAAUUGGGACUAAGCCUUAAAAAUGUAGAAGAAACGUGGCGAAUCAAAUGUGACUCAAUGAAGGCUGAAAAUGAAGCAACUGCUGCACAAGAUAUGAAAAAGGAGUUGCAAGAGCUCAAACUGCAAUAUAAAAAAUUGAAGGUUGAACAUGCUUCAUUUCAUGAUAUUGUUGAUAAAAUGAUUGAGGAGAAGGAUAAUGAAAUAUCUAGACUUUCAGAUGAUAAUAGGAAUCUUCAUCAAUCUCUUCAAUCAAGACCACAGGUUGACCACAGUGACAAUGAUAAUUAUAACACAGCCUCGCAUAAAGUGGAUUCAAUGAAUUUAAGCCCCUUUGCUGCAGAACAGCAAAUUCUGCUCCUAGCUAGACAACAAGCUCAAAGAAAAGAAGAACUAGCACGAUCACAGCGCCAUAUCUUAGCUCUUCAAGUAUGUCUUAAAGCUUCUUGAGACAGGUGAAGUGGAGGUAUUGCUACCAGUUAUUGGGAUGCUUCUCCAAUUUAGUCCACAAAGAGGUAAUAUUUGUCAUCUUUUACAUCACUUUGCAUCCUUGUGUAUAUCUUAUUUCAGGGAG